UCCAGAUCGAGUCUUAACUUCUAGGUGCAGAUACAAGUAGAUAGAGCGUUGUCGUACGUUUUGGUUAUUGCAGCAGUUUCGACCCGGAGACGAUCGGCGGCAUGGGGUUUGGAGGAGGCAAGGAGCUGAUGGGCAGCCACCUGGCGUCAUUCCUCCUCGGCGCGGCUCUGCCGACGGCGUUCCUCUUCUUCCUGGCGUCCGACCGGCUCGGCGAGGGCCUGUCCAGCAUCUCCACGACCUGGGGGAGCAGCGGGACCCGCGGGCACCCGGCUGCACCGCCGGCUCUGGACGCUCGCGAUCAGGAGGUCGCCGGAUUCGCGGGCCUAGCUGAGCUGCUCCCGAGAGUGGCCAUGGAGGACAGGACGGUGAUCCUCACGCUUGCGAACGAAGCAUGGACGCAGCCCGGCUCGUUGCUCGACAUCUACCGCGAGAGCUUCAGGAACGGCGAGGGCACGGAGCGCUUCCUCGACCACGUCCUCGUCAUCGCCAUCGACGCCGGCGGGUUCCACCGGUGCAAGGCCGUGCACCCGCACUGCUACCACCUGGAGGUGACGAAGCCGACCAACCUGAGCUCCGCCAACAGGUACAUGACCAAGGAGUUCCUCGAGCUGGUGUGGCUCAAGCUCUCCUUCCAGCAGCGAAUCCUCGAGCUCGGCUACAACUUCCUCUUCACGGACGCCGACAUCUUGUGGUUUCGCAAUCCGUUCCGGCACUUCUCCGUCUACGCCGACAUGAGCUUGUCCACCGACUACUUCAGAGACACAUUCACUCCCCUGAACAACGAGCUCAAUACGGGGUUUUACUACAUGAAGUCGACGAACCGGAGCAUCGAGAUGAUCAAGUACUGGCGGGCGGCGAAGGCGAGGUUCCCCGACGGCAGCGAGCAGGGGGUGUUCAACAAGAUCAAGCACGAGCUCGUCAGCAAGCACCAGGGCAGGAUCGAGGCGCUCGAGACGGCCUACUUCAGCGGCUUCUGCGAGUUCCACAACGACCUGAACAAGGUCUGCACCAUGCACGCCAACUGCUGCAUCGGGCUGGCAAACAAGGUGCUCGACCUCAGGGAUAAAGCCGCGGACUGGAGGAAUUACACGGCGCUGACGCUGGAGGAGAGGAAGAAGGGGGUCUUCAACAAGUGGACGCCCCCGGCUAGGUGCUGGAAGACAAUCGGUUGGAACGUGUAAAUUAUUGUCGUUGCCUCGUUGGAAGUGAGAUCCCAGAGGACAAUUCGACUACCGCAGCUAGCUUUGUAAAUGGAGUUUGAAAUACGAACUUUCAAAUUUUGGUUGA